AUGAGUAUAGAAGGUUCAAAGGAAUUUGCGAGUGAUUAUGGUCUGGGCGGCGAACACGACAUGUUGAAUUCCGAACAGUGUUACGGAUUAAAUAAAGAAGUUCCUUCAGCGGAAUUGUUGAACAUUCAAGCGAAGAAAGCCAGCAGAAGAGGUAAGAUGUCGCAUGUUACCAAACUGUUGAACAAUAUAUACAAGUUAAUCGAAACCUCAGGCAGUAUCAGAGAACUUGAUAGAGUUAUUAACUCACUUAAUGAAGCGUUCAGUGGCUUUGUAAAGCGCCAUGACGAGUAUAUUGCUGUUUUGACUAGCGAAGUAGAUAAGAUACAGAUUGAUUUGGCGACAGAUAAACUAGUUGAGAUUGAAGAGAAAAUCGCGAACUGUAAAUUGAAGGCAGAACAGUACAUUUCAGCACAACAGAAAGAAUCAGAGUCUCAACGUCGGGGUUCACAAGAAGAGAAAUGUUUGCUCUCUAUCUCUGUUCGUUCUCGUGUAUCGUCGAGAAAGAAAUCUACCUAUAUGCAUCUGAGUAAAGAACAAGAACAUCGAUCAAGAAAGAGGUUAGACGAAGUUAAAGAGCGCCACCAACUACAAGACUUAAAGUUUAAAACAUUGAAGCGUGAAAUGCAAAUUCGUCGGGAAUUGGAAAUUCGUCAAGCAGAACGUGAUUUAGAAUUGUGCAGUAUUGCGAAAUCAAGUUCAUCAAGCUCAAAGAAUUCAUCAAAUCCUCAGUCUGUUGCAGACCAGUCACUGAAAGCAAAGAAAAGCAGCUCUCCCGACAAAGUUAACGUCAAGCUUCCAGUUUACUCGAGCGAUUGUAACAAGACUCACAAGAAGUUUACGACCGUGAGCAAUUCAAAGGAAAUUUCGACGUGGAGCACACCGCGUUAG